AUUGUAUGUAUAAUAAUAUGUAUGUGUACACACUGAGCACGACCCGGGGGAACGGUGGCAUUUUUGGCAGAUGUGAAACACUGAUUCACACAUGCUCCAUUCUUCAAAAAGCAGUUGAUGAGCAUAAAAUUAUUAAGCUUUGGUCUGAAUUGGGAAAUCUGAACAAUUUUAAAUUAGUGAAUUGGCUAUUUUAUUAUAUUCUAUGGAUUCUCCUGUACCAUGUUCUCUUUGGCUAUCUAGCGAUAGCCUAUCUUCUGCUGCAACUAUAAAAUAUACUCCUCUUCUACCAGCUGUUCUAAAUCACUGUCAUGUUAUGCCCGUCAAAAUCUUGUACGGAGAUAUCUGAAUACUUCUCGGAGCAGUGGAAUUUAUAAACAGUUGUACCCUACCAACAUGCGGAUCUUCUGCGCAAUGCAGAAUGUCCAUUAUCACGCGACACUCCUGGAUGGAUACUCACGUUUCCAUCCUAGAUGGAAGCACCUUUAUUCGAAGUCUUAGUCUUUUGGCUGCUAAAGUUUUACUCUUUACAUAGUCUUAUAGUUGAAUUAUCUGUUGGGUUAAAUUAUAUUCGCUAAGUGCCCGUCACACAUGGACGGGUUUCGUUCCGUUGUUGUAACGUUUUGGAUCUUCCGAUUUUUACGUCGGCAGACCUGAUGCGAGCAGCCAUCCUAUCCGGAUUCUUUUACUAAAUGUUCUAUCUUCCUGGGACAAUCUUUGAUCUGCCAAUCGACUUGCGUAGCCUCUGGAAACUUCCACGACUAAGAUCAUUGCAUUGCUAAGAAAGAAAAUACCAAUACCAAAAAUGUGAAAACUGCGAACAGGCUGUCCGGUUACUGAACUGGCUGAAAUAGAGAAAUACACCCAACGAAUGUGGAACCCACAAAAUCCGUGAAGAUAGUCUCUGUGACUAGUUGUUUAAAAAGAGGACUAGAAUAUCCAACCCAACCGAAUAUGUUAAGCGAUAAUAUUUACUCCACAGCAAAUUAUGAAGAACUUGUCAUUCAUUAGAAAAUUUAACGAAGAAAUCUACUGAUCUGAAAAUGCACUGGAAUCUGUACUCAUUACAGCAGCAGCUGUGGAAACCAACCAAAAUCUAGAAAUCGAACAACUCGAAAAGGGAUGAUUGCGAAGGUAAUAGCAGUCCAAAUGGUAUUUGGUCCCGUAGUAACGUCACGUUUUGCGGACCAUUUAAAAAAUUAUCACCAGCCUGAUCCUGUCACUAAUUAAUUGUUGCUCCCAUCUUCAUUGAUGGGAGCCCAUAGAAUUUUGGCCAAUAGAUAUGCUAAAUGUCAUACUAGUCCACUCCAUUAGCUAAUACUGUUACUCCGUGCUGAAACCUGAAACCUUUAGAAGCAACCAGAAAAUUUCUAUUUCGUCACAAAAAAAAAUUUUUGUUGCAUAGUGUUAUUAUUAGUCUUUAAUUAAAAGUGAUAAAUUAAAAGAUAAUAAUAAAUGAACAAUUAAUUAUAAUUAAUUGAAUUAUAAUUAUGAAAAGUAUAGUAUGCUUGAUUCUGUAUACAAAAAAAUCCAGACUUUGUUACAUAGUGCUUUCAUGGUAAAACUGUACCUAUUAUUUAUAAUUUUUCCCACCUGCAUUUAUCCUGUCAAUCUAUUGGCUGUGAAAGCCAUAUAAAAGCACUGGAUCUUUACCAGUUGCUAAGAAUAAAAAAUGAGGGCCUCCAUCGCUUUGAUUUUAUUAAUCGCUGCACGUGGAGCAGCGGCGCAUAUGGACAUAUCGGUUUUAACCAAGUUUAUUGUGAACUUGGUUGGGACUAAUGAAGCAAUUAUUUUUUCCUGUUCAGACAAAGAUUUGCAGCUCGUUGCUUCUGCGUUUAUGAAAAAUGACCAGUUUGUGAAUUAUGUACAUAUGAAACAAAUGUACUCUCUGCCCUUUAUACUGGGACGAAAUAGCCAUGGUCGAACUUCUGUUAUAGUAAAUACCAGAUGUAAUGGUGCAGCUGGUCUACUGGCUGAUGCUUCUGCAAAUAAAUACUUUAACAAAACCUAUCAGUGGGUUUUUUGGGGUGUUGGCGUAGAAGUAAAAUAUUUACUUCCACUGGAACUGGAUUAUAUUGGCCCAAACGCUCAGAUAACCUACGUUAAUAAAACAAGUAACGACUACUGUCUCUGGGAUAUUCAUUCAAAGGGACGUCACCUUCAAUCGCCUUUACAAUUACAACUAAUAGCAACAGUAACUAAUUAUGAAGGCAGUAGUUACCUAAACAUAGCUCGAGACAUAUUUAAGCUACAAAGCACUGAAUACCGUGGGCAAUUUAAUGGGAUUACACUACGAGGAGCAAGCGUAAUUGACCAAGAGGAUAUAACUACAAAUGAACAAAUCGAGGCUAUACUUUCGAGGUCUACAAAAGAUUCCGGAGUGGCAGCCUUUAUAAAAUAUCACUAUGAACUCGUAGGACUUUUACGGGAUCGUUUUAAUUUUUCUGUUAAUUUCCGUAACUCAAGAGGAUGGGCUGGUCGACUAGGUAACACCACAUUUCGUCUUGGACUUUUAGGAGUUGUUAAACGAGACGAGGUGGACAUUGCAGCAUCUGGAUCGCUCAAUCGACUUAACCGUUUUGCGGAGUUUGAUACAAUACAUCAGAGCUGGAAAUUUGAGGCUGCAUUUAUUUAUAGGUUUACUCCAGAUUUAGAUACUCAUGGAAAAAGUGGUAAUUUCUUGGCUCCGUUUAGCAAAGAGGUUUGGUUUUUAAUUCUUGUUUCGCUAAUAGUGUUUAGCGUAAUUUGGGUGCUUUUUGAAAUUAUUAACAGCAAAUUGAGUCCUACAAAUGAUCCAAAUGACCAAAUCAAUAACAUGCCUGAUACUGAAUCACAGAAAUGUUACGCGUUAACAAUUCAAAGUAGUUGGGUUGAAAGUUUCUUGCAAUCCUUUGCAGCUUUAUGCCAACAGGGUUUGGAUCCGAUUCCAAAAGAUCACUCAUCGCGUUUUGUCGUAAUAACCAUAUUUUUAUUUUCACUUGUAAUAUAUAACUACUAUACUUCUUCUGUGGUUGGUGGAUUGUUAAGCUCUUCUGAUAAAGGUCCAGCUACUGUUGAUGAAAUAACAUCUAGUCCACUUACAAUAUCUUUUGAAGAUAUUGGUUACUAUAAAGUACUAUUUCGAGAAAGUAAAAGCCCAGCCGUAGCCAGACUAAUAAAAACCAAAUUGUCCUCAUCGAGACCUUUGGGUAAAAUACCAGUUUUUGCACAUAUCGAAGAAGCUGUACCAUAUAUCAAAUCCGGCGGUUUUGCAUUUCACUGUGAAGUAGUUGCCGCCUAUCCUUUGAUUGCCGAAUUAUUUGAUGCCAGUGAAAUUUGUGAUCUGCGCGAGGUAUCCGGCCUAAUGGAAGUAGAAUUGCUGAAUUGGAUUUUGCCAAAAAACAGCCAAUAUACAGAACUGUUUAAAGUUGCCAUGUGUUCGGCAAGGGAAAGAGGUUUCGUGGAACGACUCCUUCGGCAACGUCAAAUUAGAAAGCCUACCUGUCAAUCAUUAUACACCGUAUAUCCAGUCACCUUAUCAGGAGCUUUAGCGGCUUUCUUUGUGCUGAUUUGUGGAAUUAUUAUGUCUAUCCUAAUGUUGAGCAUCGAAAUAAUUUAUGUAUAUGUUGUUUUCAAAAGAGGUCAACAAUUUUCUAUUGUCCGCUAGUUAUGUUGAGAUCAAUUAAAAGCAAACAAUAUUAA